UGUCACACUUCCUUUUUCUAUUUAAAUCUAUUCGGGUUAGUAGUGGUUUAUUAAUAGCCGCGCUAAGUCGCUUGUAUUGCAGUUCUGUUUCAAUUGUAAAGCGUGGGCUAGUGUGUUGCGUCUAUUUUUUAUUAUUAUCAAUUUGGAUAACAUUCAAAAAUUCGGCAAUGGAUGCAAAAAGUGACGAAAUUCUCCCAAACCGAUGCGAAGUGUGCGAAAAGCCGGCCCUGCACAAGUGCGGAGGAUGCCACAAGGUCUACUAUUGCGAUAAAAAACACCAGAGAGAGCAUUGGAAGCAACACAAAAGUGUUUGCAAACCGUUCAAGAUAAGUGAAGAUGCGGUGUUGGGACGCCACUUGGUCGCAACCCGAGCCAUCAAACCGGGGGAAAUCAUCAUCCAAGAAGCCCCCCUGAUCUGGGGGCCUUCAUUCAACUCGAUUCCUAUUUGUUUGGGGUGCGGGAAAGCCAUCGAUGAAACGUGUAGUAAACCCUGCCAGAGAUGUGGAUGGCCCGUUUGUGGCGAUCUUUGCGAAAAAUCACCCUCGCACAUCCCCGAAUGCCGAUAUACGAGUCAAAGGGGUGAAAAAAUCGCAGUGAAAGUCUUCGGAGUACCCCAUCCCAUCUACAAGUGCAUCACAGUUCUGAGGUGUUUGUACCAGAAGCAAUUUCUACCAAAAGUUUGGAAAAAAUUGGAAACUUUAGAACACCAUUGGGAGGAGCACAAAUCAACGGCCAGUUACGAGAGCGAUCGAGUCACCAUCGCCGAGUUUAUCCGACGUUUCUUCAAGUUAGCGUCCAUCUUCAGCGAAGAAGAGAUCAUGAAAGUUCAUGGUAGUACUGUGGUCAAUGGCCACGAAGUACCCCUAACCGAGCCCUUCCACGUCGCUAUAUACUCCAGUGCUUCGAUGCUGGAACACAAUUGUGGCCCUAAUUGUAGUAAAAGUUUCACAAGUCAAGGCCACAUCCUCAUUUCAGCUGCCAAAAACAUUCAAGCUGGUGACCACUUGAGUAUUUGUUACAGUGACCCCUUAUGGGGUACCCCAAGUCGGCGGUACUUCCUCCAUGAAACGAAGUUUUUCUGGUGUCAUUGUGACAGAUGUGAGGACCCCACCGAGUUUGGUACUAAUUUCAGUGCCAUCAAAUGUUCAAAGUCCUGUGAGGGGUAUCUCCUUCCGGUCACCUUUACCGAUUUGCAGAAUUUGCCAGACUGGGUUUGUGGUAAAUGUGGUAAAACGAUGUCGUUUUACUCGGUUCAUGACACUCUUGAAAGAAUUGGACGCGAUCUUUAUGACUUGGAUAAGAGUAGUAUAGAAGAUUGCAAAGAUUUUUUAAAGACUCAUCAAGAGUUUUUACACGAAAAUCACUAUUACUGCACUGAGGUGAGGUACACUCUGUGUCAGUUAAUAGGGCAGAGGUUAUUACAAUUAACUUCCGAUGAGGAUUUAUCCUUGAAAUUGCAACACUGCACCAGUUUAGAGAAACUCCUGAAAAUCAUUGCUCCAGCUGAGAAGAGAGCUUUAGGGUUAAUUUUGUUUGAAAAACACGUUGCAGUUACUGAAAUUGCAAGAAGAGCAGGACUACAAAAAAUCACCGACUUGGAAGAAUCAAAAAAUAUACUUCUAGAAGUGGUAGAAUUACUCAAAAACGAACCUGAAGUUCUUCCCGAAGGAAAAAUAUGUAAACAAGCAGUUCAGAAACUGAAAGAUAUUGAAGCACUUUUACAAACAGAUAAAUAAAUCGAAGAAUUCAGUGUAUUUUCUCAAGAUUUGUUUUAAUUAACAGUUUUCUCACAAUUUGUUACAAUUUCUGAAAAAUAAACUUGUUAAUCUACAGUCAGAAAUAAUAAGAAAAUGUAAAAUAAAGAUAAUUUUAAAAAACUGUCCUAAUUUCUUUAAACGAAAAUGAUGUAAAAGUCGAUUUUUUGAUUUCGAUUUUCUCAGAUUUGUGUCAAAAAACAUAAAACGAGUUUUUAAAUAAACUUGGUUAUAUUCAACUAGUAGAUAUUUAUUAUUUUAUGCAUUAAAACUGAUCCAGCUUUAAUUUCGGUUAUUGGAUCCGAGCCAAAAUCUGUGUAAACAAUAAGUUGUUGAAGGAAAAUUAUAGUUAUCUCCGCAAUAAUGCGCGCGAUUUGCGUCAAAAUAAAUCAUUUGUUGAUAA